CUUUGGAAGCAGAAAUGUUGAACCAAAAGACCAUACAAAUGAUUCCGCAAAAUUGCAAUAUGUUAGUUAAAGUCCUAUCAUUUAUUAAUAAUGAGGAGGGUAUUAUUUUAAACUAGUAUAAUAGAAGAAUAAUCCGAAUAGGAAAUGGAAAAGAAACAAAAAGGUAAAUAUUGUCAAUAAUAUUCAGUAUUUGAAAUCCUUAGAACUAGUAUGCAAUUACAAGAAGUUGAGGAUGAAGAAAAUGAUUAUGAAACUGAUUAUAUUCCUGUUCCUUGUUAGGAAGCUUGUCUUUCCUAAUAGAGUACUCAAAAAUCUUAGCAAUCUCAAUAUUUAAGAUCACCUUUGUAAACAUUUACUCAACAUUUUUAAAAUUAAAAUAAAGGGUUCGGAGGAAGAUUAUUUACUCUUACUGAUGAAACAGAAUAUACAGUUGAUGAUCGCAAACCUACACACACUAGAGGUCCAAGUAAAAUACAAGAAAUUUUGUAAGAUUUAUAAGCAAAUGUUGCUGAUGAUAUUAUGAAAAUGGCAAAUGAUAUCAUCAAAUUUACUGAAAAUAGUUCAAAUACAAAUGGAAGUGCCUAAUUUAUUCCCAGUGAUUAAAAAUAAAAACGACAGUUAAGCGAAUAAAAAAUUAAUUAAUAACCAAGAGAUCCCAAAGCUGAUAAUCUAAAGGAUGGAUUCAAAUUGUUUCAUAAGCAAAAUAGUCAAAAACAACUUUAAUCCUCCAACUAUGUAACUAAAUAAAGUUAGAAAGCUAAUAGUGAAAAUGAACCUUAGAAAUAUUAAUAGUAAAUCCCUAAAGCUAACUAUUAACCUAACAUAUAAAAUUAUAAUUCAAACAAUACUAAUUAUAAUUCUAAUUAUAAUACUAAUUCAUCUAUCUAAAAAAAUUAAUAAAAAUCAUAGAGGAAUUCUGAAGAAUACGGUAAAAACAAUACAAAACAAAAUAGUAAUACUAAAUCAUCCAAAUAAAUUUAAAAUACGAGAACUAGUUAGCAAUAAAUUAAUUACAAUGCCUAACAAAAUCAAAAUUAAUAAUAAUAUUCAUCAAAUAAAGAUGAGUAUAGUAAUUAAUUAUAGCAGUUUUCCAAUCACCGAAACUCAAAUAAUAAUAGCAAUAGAGAAUCUGUUUUUAGUAAAAAAAGCAAAUAGCAUGAAAUAGAUGAAUUUGAUGAUAAUUUCCAUGUUGAUUAUGAUAGUUUCCAAAAUAAUGCAAAUUACAAUCAAAUUAGUUAAAAUUUCUAUGACAUUGUUUAGAAGUAAUUCAACUUCUCUUAAAAUUCCGAUGAAGAAUACUAAGAUUAAUAAUCAAUAGAAAAUUAAACGCCAAAUUUAAACAUUAGUAAGAAACUAGAGAAAGACAAUUUAAGUAUAAAUAAUAGCGGUACAAUUAAUUAAUAGAGCGAUAAAAAAUCAUAUCAAGAAUUUUGCGAACCUUGUUAAAAAACAUAAGAAAGUGAGAAAAAGCAAAGCAAUUCUGUUUAGAAAAAGAAAGUGAAAAGAAGAAAAAGAUCUAGAAUUCCAAAAAAUAUCAAAUAUUUUUUAGAUAUCAUAGAGGAAUAAUCAAAUGAUUAUUACACUCCAGAUAAAUCAUUAUUGGAAUCGAGUGAAUGUCUUGAUACAAUAUAAUCAGUACCUAAUUUUGGGGAGAGUGAACAUCAAAAUAUGGACUAUAGAUCUGAUCGAAAACACUUUACAAUUAGUGAAGGUAAUAAAAUAUAAAUGAAAACUCCAAACACCUAACACAUUAGGGAAGAAUUAUUAUCCUCAGAUUCCUAUGAUCGUCCAAAUAGCACUUUAAUAAAUCAGACUUUAGUGAAUUUUGAGGAUAUCGAUUAAAUCUUGAACUAAGUGCAAGGAUAUAAGACUUUCCGAUAGAAGAAUUAAGAAGAAGAAGCAAUACUGGCCUCUUGGAAUAGAGUGUGCAAUGAAAUCAUAAGAAAAAAUUUAUUGCCUGUUACUUUGAAUCUAGAGAGAGUAUAUUAUUUUAUAUAAUAUUUAGAUACAAAAUUAAUUGGAAAUUUAACAAUAAAAUCAGUAUUGUUAGAAAAGAUAUCAACUAUUUAAUGUUUUAAAUAGAAAUUAUUUGAAUCAUACUUAAAAAACUGAAUAGAAUUCUUUCGCAGAGAAUUCUGGUUUCAUUGGAAGUGAUUAAUAACAGUUUGAUAAGAUAGAAGCUGAAAUUCAAGUGGAUGAUAAUGAUGACACAGCAGUUGGAUUACUAAACAAAUAAUUCAGUCCCAAUUUUAGUGAUAUCUGCAAAAGGAUCUAAUUCUCUUCUGCUCCUGAGGAACCCAAAAUACUGUAAGGAAAGGGUCUGAAUAACAAAGAUUUGCCAAAUGCCUAAUUGUACAAUAAAAAUUAUGAAUAACAAUUGAAUUAUUAAUUUUGA